AUGGGGCAAAAUGGUGGCGCCGAUUUUGGCGCGCUUUUGCACGGUGCCGGAAAACAGUUAUUAAAUCAAGGGGGGCAGGUAUUAUUAAACUAUGGUGCUCAAGCAAUCGGAAAUAUAAUCAAUGAAGUUUUCCAAAAGAAAGAAGUAGAACAAAAGAGAAUAUUGCCGAGCAUUAAGAACUAUAAAGUGCUCGGUGAAACCCGUCCAAGCUCAUACGGUCCAGCAACAUACCAGGACUUCAAAGAAAUUCGCUCCAGGUGCUUAGCUGAUGGGAGGCUGUUCGAAGACCCAGAGUUUCCUGCGAUUGAUCGCAGUCUUUAUUACAAGGAACGGUUAGAUAGACCUCUGACAUGGCUUCGACCUGGGGAAAUAAGCGAGAAUCCGCAACUAUUCGUCGAAGGCUACAGCCGUUUCGACGUGCGGCAAGGAGAGCUCGGCGACUGCUGGCUGUUGGCCGCCGUUGCAAAUCUCACUUUACAUAGAAAACUGUUCUUCCAAGUGGUUCCUGAUGAUCAAAGCUUUGAUGAGGAAUAUGCUGGAGUCUUCCAUUUCCGUUUUUGGCAAUAUGGACGUUGGGUGGAUGUGGUCAUUGACGACCGUCUUCCAACUUAUAGAGGGAAAUUGGUUUUCCUUCAUUCCUCAGAAAGAAAUGAGUUCUGGAGUGCUCUGUUGGAGAAAGCUUAUGCUAAAUUGCACGGUUCGUACGAAGCUUUGAAAGGUGGUUCAACAUGCGAAGCCAUGGAAGAUUUCACAGGAGGAGUGACAGAAAUGUAUGAGAUGAAUGAACUACCUCCCAACUUCUAUACUAUAUUGUUGAAGGCUUAUGAACGCAACUCGCUUAUGGGAUGCAGUAUUGAGCCGGACCCCAACAUAUUGGAGGCGGAGACGCCCGCUGGCCUCAUCCGAGGCCACGCGUACUCUGUGACGCGAGUGAAGUACGUGGACAUCGAGACGCCGGGCCGCGCCGGCAAAAUCCCGCUGCUGCGCCUGCGCAACCCGUGGGGCAACGAGGCCGAGUGGAACGGCGCCUGGAGCGACAAGUCACCUGAAUGGCGUUUCAUUCCGGAAUCGGAGAAAGAGGAAUUGGGAUUAACUUUCGAUGACGAUGGAGAAUUUUGGAUGGCAUUCAAAGACUUUACGAGUCACUUUGACAGAGUGGAAAUUUGUAACUUGAACCCUGAUUCACUGGACCCUGAAGAAUGUCCUGAAGGAUGUACUAAGAAAUGGGAGAUGUCCGUCUUUGAAGGGGAAUGGGUCCGAGGUGUAACGGCCGGUGGGUGCAGAAACUAUCUAGAAACGUUCUGGAAGAAUCCACAGUACACCGUCACUCUUAAGGACCCCGACGAAGGUGAUGCUGAGAACAAGUGUACUAUCAUCGUGGCCCUCAUGCAAAAGAACCGUCGCUCGCAGCGCCAUCAAGGUCUAGAAUGUCUUACCAUCGGCUUUGCGGUAUACCGUCUCCCCGACUACGGUCACGUCCCGAAACCUUUGGACGUGAACUUCUUCAAGUACAACGCUUCGGUGGGACGCUCGCAGGCUUUCAUCAACUUGAGAGAAGUUAGUGCUAGAUUCAAGUUUGAGCCCGGUCAAUAUAUAAUAGUGCCUUCAACUUUCGACCCCAACGAAGAGGGUGAAUUCUUACUGCGUGUGUUCUCUGAAAAGAGUAACGACAUGGCUGAAAAUGAUGAAGAAAUGGGAAUGGGCGAUGUUGAUGAUAGGGUUAAAGAAAUAGCACCAGCUAACCCGGAACCAGAAGAUCCUAUACGGAAUUUCUUCAACCGCUUGGCCGGAGCUGAUGGAGAAGUGAGUUGGGAGGAGUUGAAGGAGAUACUGGACUAUGCUAUGAGAGAGGAGAUGGCAAUGCGCCACGGGCCCGCCGUGUACGAGGGCGGGGGGCCGCCGCCGGAGCAGGGCUGCCUGGAGCAGCUGCUGUGCGCUCUCUGCUCGCCCAUCUGCAAGGAGCUAGGCGUGGACCUGCAGCAGGCGGUGCCGCAGGAACAGGUGCACCUCAACCAGCCGCAGCCCGCUCAAGAAUUAAAAGGCCAAGGAUUUUCAAAGGAUGUAUGUAGAAGUUUAGUCGCCAUGUUGGAUAAAGAUAAUUCCGGGGGACUCGGCUUUGAGGAGUUCAAAUCUGUUUGGAUUGACUUGCGCAAUUGGCGGGCGGUGUUCCGCCUGUACGACACGGAGGGCCGCGGCGCGGUGCCGGCGCACGCGCUGCGCGACGCGCUGCACUCGGCCGGCUACACCGUCAACGCGCACGUGCUCAACGUGCUCGCGCACAGAUAUAGCUCAAGCGAUGGAUAUAUAUACUUUGAUGACUUCAUUAUGUGCGCUGCUAGACUUAAGACCAUGAUUGAAACAUUUCAAGGGAGAUCGUCUGGAGGUGAAUACGCAACGUUCUCCCUCGACGAAUGGCUGAAUCGCACAGUUUACUCG